AAACAAAUGGCCGACAAAUUGAAGUGAAAAUGGCACUGGCUGAGAAAAAAUAUGACCUUGCUCUCGUAAAUACUUUGACGGACAAAAAAAUACGGCAACAGCCUUGAUUUUUGUCCUGCGAAAGCCCAAGAGCAAGUCGCUCAACUUUUGUCACCUGACCUCACUUGUCACCUGACCUCACUUGUCAAGAUGAUAUUUUAUGUCUAUCUAAAAGUUGGACCAUCAAAGUAUAAAGAAAGAUUACGAACAAAAUACAUCAAAUCUCUCACUCCCGGAGAUACUUCAAAAUGUCUGAUAGGAAAAGACUGGAUGUUUUUAAAAGAUGGACUAGAUGAUUACAGAGAUGGUCUACCUCCCUUGGCUAAAGGAGAGGAGGUUUUUAUCAAGGGAGAUAAAGGUCCCUCACCAUGUAUAAUAGGAAGUAGUGAGAGUAUUGAACCAGUUAAACGUCCUGCAGUUAAAAAUAGAUUUGAUAAAUACCAAGUAUGUUUCUCCCGUAUUACCCCACAACAACAACAGAAACGAGAACAUAUUGAAGAAAUAGAAUAUGGUUUGCUACAGCAUCCGUUAGCCUUGUAUCCACAUCUAGAAGAGAGUGUCCCUACUGAGCUAUUUGAAGAUGUAGUGGAUAUCCUAGAUCCUGAAAUGAACAUUGAUUCAGAAGAGGAAGACUCUAUUAAAGAUGAUUCUACUAUCAGAGAUGCUGAAAAUCUUCAUAAAUCCAUUGACACACCCAGUAGUGCCAAAAAAACAGAAGCUGAGUCUGACAACUCAUUCAGAAAUUGUUAUCGCUGGAUAUCAAGGAAAGAUGAAAAGAAAGAUAACAAGAAAAAGAAUGAACGAAGACCUUCUUCACCGGCUGAGAAGGAACAUAUUGAAAAUGUGACAAAAGAUUUUUGUAAUUGGGUGGCUGAUUUAGGAGGUGAAAGUAAUAACAUAGAAGAAUCGACUAUCACUAGUUUAUUUGCUAGUGGAUAUGAAACAAAACCGGCUUUAUCGGUACCAAUUCAUGUUGUCGAAUUAACCAAUGUUCCACCAGAAUUACGAAUGUCGGCGCCUGUUCAGGCUCAAGCUCAAACUCAGAAUACAAAAAAUCUACCUGCUGAAGAAGAAAAAACCAAACCUUGGAAAUACUCUGGAGCUUAUGAACCGAGUUGUGUAAAAUUCAAAUACGGAUCAUGGUAUUUACCUCCUAAAACUUGGAAGAAACGAGAAUGGAACGAUCAACUGAUGGAUCCAAAAGAAUUGAAAAAUCAGGAAAUGUCUGAUUCCAAGAAAAAGAGUCAAUCAUUGAAUGAAGAUCUAUCCAACAUGCACGGUGCCGAAGCUUUUAUGGAAUUUAUCAACAGAAAAGGUCUGAGAAAAAUAGAGUUCCUGGAACAGGUGUCUGAGAUUCAGCGCCGACAGAAAGAAGAUGAACAGCGUAGAAUUGAAAUGGAAAUAACUUCCAAACAGAGACGUGGUGCCAGCAAAAAAUAAAUUCACAGACAUUAUCUUCCACUAGUCAAUUUUGAGAUUUUAAUCAGAUUUUAUGAUAAAAAAAACACACAAAAUGAAUUCCACUGAAACUUCCAAAAACCUUUUUUUUUUUUUUAAUCUUGAUUGUUUUAGAUUGUUUUAAGUUUGGUUGAAUUACAGAGCUGGAUAUUUAUUUCAUGUUUCCUUUUAUAGGUAAGGGUUAUUACAAAAUUUAAUGACCCACAGAAAAAAAUGAAACAGAACAUACAGAUUUUUAUUGAUUAAUUUUUGUUUAGAUAAUUCUCACCUUUUUUUACAGUUUUUUUGUUAAAGUAAUACUGACACUGUACACUCAAUGUUUUAAUAUUUUAUGAUUUGAUUUUUUGGUUACCCUCCAACAUUGUGAUGAAAUAUUAUAAGGUUAAAAAAUGAUAGAAUGAUAUCAUGUAUCACAGUUUUUAAGUUAUUAUUGGUUUUGUUUUUAUAAAAUGUGAUUUUCUUUAAGAAACGUUUCUGAGUGUCCAUAUAAUAUUAAUCAAAAUAUUCAUCUGUACAAUUUGUUCACUGACUACUUUGUUCUAGCAUAGGCUGUGAUAUAUUUUAUUCUAUUCAAACUAUCGUUAACAAUAAAUGCAGCUUAUACCCG